AAUCCCUUGGCAACUACGACAACUACACAAGAAGACUGCAGAGAAACAACACAUCAAAAUAUUUGGAGGUUUUCAAACAGUUUUUGUUGAAAAAUGGAGUCAGACAGUCUUCAUCUAUGUAUUGAUUAUGUUGGCAGCAGCGGAGUUAUUCUAAGUCCUGAACAGAAAGCGUCAUUACAAACAUCUCUGGUGAUUCUGCGAAGUGAAAGCAAAUUGAAGAAAGUUUACUUUUGGGGUAAAAUCAUUGGAAUCAAGGAUGAUUAUUUCGUUGCACAGGGAACUGGAAAUGAUGAAAUGACAGAGAGAAAAACAUACUAUAGCCAAGACUGUGUAAAAUGGGGUCUUCUACCACCAGCAACCAAGAUAAUGAGGGACCAGAGCAAGUUGGCAAAAGGUCGAUUCACAGGUGACCCCUCAUUUGAGUUUGAACAUGUUGAAACAAAGAAAGUUGGAGAAGGUGAAGAUGCCACAGAAGAGGAAGAAACGAUAACAAUAAAAGAGGAAGACAGAUUAGCAUCAGUAAUUGCAGAGAUUGAUGAAGAUGUAUCUGUUGUACCUAGAGCUGCCUUCGUCAAAACACCAACAGGACAAGUUAAACCAAACAGAAGCUUUGAAGGUUUGACAGUGUCAGAAUCUGCGAAACUGUGCUCAUACAUGCACUUCAGAGAACCCAAGAUUCUGGUAGAGAAAUCUCUUCUUCACAAAGCUAACCUUGACAAGUCCAUCGACUUUAUGGAUACAUUAGAAGAUGAUAUCCCAAAAGGUUCCUGGAGUUUGCAGUUUGAGCGUGGAAGUGGUUUGGUUUGUCUGCGCAGUACCUUGUGGUUGGGAUUUGUUGCAUACCAUGUACCAGGAACCCGCAAGUUUGGCUCAGUUUACUGUGGCACGGGAGAGAAGAAUGCAGAUCUGCCAUUCAUGUUGUAACAUUUUAACUGACAAGCAUAAUCCCAAAAUACUUGAAAAAAAAUGGAAAUAAAAAAUGUGGAAAAAAACUCUUGAGAUGUGACUGAAACAAAACAGUUAUGUUUUACGUUGAACUAUUGUGGAAAUAAUCAAAUAUAUAGUGUGAAUAAAAGAAAAUUUCAAAAUUGCCUUUAGAAAAUUUAUGAAAAAAUACAAGAUUAAUAACUUCCAUUUUGACAAUGGAUUGAAAGAAAUCAUUGUAUGGUCUGUGAUAAGACAGCUUGUUCAAGGUAUAAUUGUAAUUUAUAUCGUUUUGUAUUAUUCUACUUGAAUGCAUUUUUCUGUACUCCUCAUUUGUCAGAUAGGUAUACAUGUACAUACUUUUAAAUGAAUAAAAGUUAUUCUGAAACUUUUA